AGUGACCAAUUCUUUUGAAGUAACAGUAAGGAAAUAAAUAAAUGAUAGUGGCGGGUGAUAAGUAAACGAAUAUUUCAUAUUUUCUAAUAGUAUUAGUUGAAUCAUAACUUGAGAUAAAAAAUGAUUCGAGAACUAGCAGAAAAAAUUAGCACAUCUUUCUUAGAUGUACCUGUCAUCAAAGAUUUAAUGCAACUGCCGGCAUGGACGCCGGUGCAGAUCAUGAACGCUAUCAUUGCUUUCACAUGGGCUGUAUAUAUUUGGGAAACUUACUUAUCAUACAGACAGUAUAAAGUAUACAAUUCUAUUAGAUCCAUUCCCCCAGAGUUGGCAGGAGUGAUGGACCAGGUCACUUUUAACAAAUCCAGGCUUUACAACUUGGAUAAAAGCAAGUUUAGUUUGAUUUCUUCACUGUAUGAGCAACUCUUUCAAACAGCUGUUUUAGUGUUUGGGGGAAUUCCUUUCUUGUGGCGACUAAGUGGACAAUGCACUAGUUAUUUUGGAUAUGGCAGAGAGCAUGAGGUUACUCAAACAGUGACAUUUGCUCUCAUAGGUGCUAUUAUUACAACAAUCACUGACUUACCUUGGAAUUUGUAUGCAACUUUUGUAAUUGAAGAACGGCAUGGAUUCAAUAAGCAGACUCUAGGCUUCUUUUUUAAAGACAGGAUCAAGAAGUUCAUUGUUAUGCAAGCUAUUGCUCUUCCUUUGCUAGCAUGCAUUAUACAAAUUGUGAAAGUAGGCGGAGACUACUUCUUCAUUAUUUUGUGGGCAUUCUGUGUAAUUUUAUCCUUGGUUUUGAUGACAGUUUAUGCUGAUUUCAUUGCUCCCUUAUUCGAUAAAUUUACUCCAUUGCCUGAAGGACCUUUGAGGACUCGUAUUGAAGAAUUGGCUAAAAGCAUAAGUUUUCCUCUUAAAAAACUAUAUGUUGUUGAAGGUUCCAAACGUUCUGCACAUAGCAAUGCCUAUUUCUAUGGUUUCUACAAAAAUAAGAGAAUUGUUCUAUUUGAUACAUUGAUGGAAGAUUAUACACCUUUGAACAAAGAAGAGGACAAGGCUGAGGGAAAUAAGGAUGAAAAGCCCAAACAAAAAACAGGAUGCAAUAAUGAUGAGAUAUUAGCUGUUCUUGCACAUGAACUUGGCCAUUGGAAAUUAAAUCAUGUUCUGAAAAACUUGAUCAUUGUUCAGGUGAAUUUGUUUCUUUGCUUUUCUGUAUUUGCACUGCUCUACAAAAAUUCUACCCUCUACCAUGCAUUUGGUUUUCAUGAUCAGCAACCUGUUAUUGUUGGACUCGUUGUUAUUUUCCAAUAUGUGUUUUUACCUUACAAUGAGGUGCUGUCUUUCCUGAUGACUGUCCUUUCCCGCCGAUUUGAAUUUCAAGCAGAUGCUUUUGCUAAGCUCCUGAACAAAGCUGCUGAUCUCCGCAGUGCAUUGAUUAAGCUGAACAAGGACAACCUGGGUUUUCCCGUUUAUGAUUGGCUGUACAGUACUUGGCAUCAUUCCCACCCACCUCUCUUAGAAAGAAUUCACGCACUUGGAAAACUUGAUUGAUUUUUGUACUUGGUGCUGACUUAACGUCGUUGUGACAUCAUGUCCGCUAGAUUUUGUGAUGUAUGUAGUCUUUAAUGUCAAAAAUAUCAUUUCCUAUUAUGCCUACUCACUUAAUGAACGAGUCAUUUUUCUUUGUUUGUUUGUGCUUAAAUGUAAUUCGAUGUUUGUACAAUAUUUUUUUGAUAUUAAAGACAAAAAUCUUUUAUUGAUUUUUGGAUGUCUUAA